GUCAGAAGCAGCAUCUGGUCUCUUUUCUCUCCCGUCACCAAGAAGAUGUUUGCAACGAUGCUGGAGAUAUUUCCAAUUCUAGCCAUCCUUACAGGCCAUGUCAGCAGUGUUGUGGUGACCGUCCCUGAGAAGACAGUGAAUGUCACUACAGGUGGAAACGCAACCCUCCUCUGCACAUACACAAGUUCUGGACCGCUGGGAAAUUUCUUUAUUCAGUGGAGCUUUUACAGUGCCAAAGAGAGCCAACUGCACACCAUCUUUUAUUAUUCAGAAGGCCAGUCUUACUCCUAUGGAGAGUUUAAGAACAGGAUAACAGCUGCAACAGGUCCAGGGAAUGCAUCAAUAACAAUCUCCAACAUGCAGCCCUCAGACACUGGUUCCUACACCUGUGAAGUUUUCAGCCCACAGGGUGAUGCUGGACAGAGUCAGAAAUCUGUGAUUGUCAGCGUGCUGGUCAAACCGUCACAACCUUUCUGCAAAAUAGAAGGAACGCCUGAAAAAGGCCAUCUAAUCUACCUCUUAUGCAAAUGUGAAGAAGGAUUGCCUCACCCUACCUACCACUGGUACAAAGUGGAUGAGAAUACACUCAAGCCUGUGACUGAACAUCUUAAUCCAAGCACUGGCAUUCUUUACAUUGGCAAUCUCACCACCUUUGAAACUGGGUAUUACCGGUGCGUAGCCACCAAUAUCCUGGGCAACAGUACCUGUGAGCUUGACCUAACUGCAAAACACAGUGGUAUUGUUGCUGGAGCAUUAGUUGGAGCAAUUCUGGCAGCUGCUGUCAUUUGCAUUAUAGUCUGGGUCUUAAACAAGAAGGCAAAGAAGAAGAAGUCGUCAAGUAAUGAGAUGCAAGAAAUGGCUCAGAAACCAUCCAAUGCAGCAUAUGUGCAGGUACCUAAUGAAGAAAACAUUCCUGUGACCACAGUUCCAUCAAGCAAUGCGACAAAUGAAUACCCUAGUGUUGAUGAAACAGCAGCCUCUGGAACACCUGAAAAUGAUGAGAAGCAAGAAGCGGAAAAAGAAGAAAUAGCCUAG